GGGAGGAGCCUGCUGGGAAUUUAAACCAAGGCGGGUACCGAGGCGACUAGAGAACGACCUUGUAGUUGCUUAGCGGUUCGGAACUGGGGGGGUUUGAAUUAGAGACUGGUGUCCGCAAAUGUGAAACAGAGGCCUUGAAAGGAGUACGGAGGCCGAGAAGGAAGCGAAACUUUGAGGAGGAGCCGGGAGAGUGUACGGAGGCCCGGAAGGUAUAGGAAGGAAGAUGGAAAGCGUCCUAAGAGUUGAAUAAAAGACGAGGGAUCGAGAAGAGGAUGCAGGAAUUGAGGAACCGUGGGAAGAGGUCGCAGGAGCUGCAGGCACAGAGAUCUAAAGGGGAUGAAGGGACUGAGGGGGCAAGGCCUGGCCAGGAGGGCUGCAGAGCUGAGGGCGGCGCUGGGGCUUGAAACUAGAAGGCGCUGGGGUCGAGGCCAGACUUGCCCUGAGUUGGAAAGUCCCAUGGCUGAUAGUCGGUCCCAGGCUGCGGACCUAGGGGCUCAUCUAGAAAUUUCCAGUUGUCUGGAAAAUUGCCAGAAGAGAUCACCAGAUGUUAGGAGACAGCCCUUUUCUGGAAAAUCCUUUUACUUAGAUCUACCUGCUGGCAAGAAUCUCCAGUUUUUGACAACAGCCAUCCAGCAAUUGGGUGGGGUAAUUGAAGGUUUUUUGAGCAAAGAAAUAAGUUAUAUCGUGUCUAACCGCAAAGAAGCAAAAGCAGAGAACCACAGGACAAGCCACGGAGGCAGCCCCAGUGAGAUCAGAGUGGAGACUCCAUCAUCAACGGUUGAUCCAAAAGAACUCCCCCCCAGGCCUGCAUGCAAACCUGUAGGAUCGGUGCCCAUGACCAGAGGGAAGGAGCUGCUGCAGAAGGCUAUCAGGAACCAGGGGAGCAGCAGCGGAGGAGGUAGCAAGAGCUGCAGCAGCCUCCUGGCCAAUGCCCGCUCCUGGGGCGUGAGGAUUCUGCAUGUAGAUGAAAUGAUGAUGCACAUACAGCAGCUGUCUCUUGCUGCUCUCUGUGUGAAGAAACAAAGGCCAAAGAAGUCAGAGGGAACAUGUCCAGCAACAGAGUCAAGAACGAGAAAAGUGGCCAGACUGAAGGCUCCGUUCCUCAAAAUUGAAGAUGAGAGCAGGAAAUUUCGUCCUUUCCUCCAUCAGUUUAAAUCCUUUCCUGAAAUUUCUUUUCUGGGGUCCAAAGAAGCAAGUCCCUUUGAGUCCCUGACAGCCCCAGGCAGCUUACAUCAUACCAGAGAACCCAAGGACCGAGGGCCAAGCCCGAGAUCAGCUGCCUGCACUACAGCCAAGAGGAAGAAAGGGUACUGUGAGUGCUGCCAAGAGGCCUUUGAGGAGCUCCACAGGCAUCUGCAGAGCAGUCAGCACCAGGCCUUUGCCUUGGAAGCCCAGCCUUAUGCAGAAGUUGAUCAGAUCAUUGCCCAGCUCAGCCACCCCUUUGCAGACAUCACCUCUCUGGACACUCUCCCUAGGCAGCCGGACUCCCUGUCUUUGGAUAUUGACCCACUUUGUCUUGAGAUUUCAUCUCCCAGGAUGAAGAAGGAAGAUGAGCAUCGGGCCCCCGGUGCCCCAGAGCAGAAUGGGACAGUGGGCAACAAGAAGGCAUCAGAUGGCACGACACCUGGCCCGGGAGCAGGCUGCCAGAAGCUAGAGGGGGUGCUUGAUGACUUUGCGGCUCCCCCGGGGACACCAGUGUCCAGAAACCCUGCUCGCCAGGGCUUAAUGCCCAGCUCCGGUUCUGCAGACCCCUCCUCUGCCCCAGACCUGGUACCUGAUGGCCAUAAACGGAAGAUCAGGUUUCCCAAUGGCAAUGCCAAGAAGAAGCUGGGGACUUCAUUCUUUGUCCCCUGUGGCACCAGGACAGAUGGUGGCAGGCAUCUCUCAUUUUUCCUUCCAUGCCAUGAGCCCAGGUCUCUAGACUCCCUGUUGGCCUCGUCCCACCCACAGAACUGCCUCUGCAUCCCAGACCCCUCCCCCUGGCAGUUGACAGACAAGCCAGCAGAUAUUUGGACCACACAGUUGCCCCAGCCUGGGAGAGACUGGCCCCCAGGAUCUGAGGCUUCUGAGUGUGUAACCCCAGCCUCUGGCAGGCUGACCAGCAUUCCAGCUGCCCCACAGCUCCAAGCCAGUUCUCAGCCCACCUGUAAUCAACUGCUAGCAUGCAGUCCCCAGGAAGACAUACAGGGAAUUAGUCACCCUCUGUCCCCCACUGUGUACCAGCCAGUAGGGGAGCCAGUUGCCCUUGAUGGAUCUGGGUUCCCCAGCCCCUCCCUGUCCCCUGGCUCUUGGUCUCCCACUGCAGUACCAGCUGAGCACAGCUGUGGCUCGCCUGAGGCAUGCAUCUCAACACAGGAUCAGAUGGCUUCAGACUCAAAGGCCAGCUCCACAGGUCUGGGUUCUACCUCUGCUGAGUACUGUAUAGCUGGCCGGCACCCCCACCCCACCCCACCCCAGAAGAGCCAGAGGGAGCCCUUGCUGGCCUCAGAAAUCCAAGGGAACAAACGUUUGUCAUGGCCGAGCUCCGAGGUGGACAGAGCCAGUCUUCCCACCUAGGUAGAACGAGAAUCUGGGCUGGGGUUGCCCUCCUCCCUGACCAGGUGGCAGUCUACAGUGGACCAGGCCACCAUGGUAAAGUUGGCAUAGGGAAAAAUUGGGAGCAGUGGGAGCUCUGGCCCAGCUUCCGGUUCCUCUGCGGGCUCUCACCUCUUUGCAGAGGCUGGUUGUAGGGGUUCCCCACCCCCACCCAACCUUCUUCCCCACAGUAUGUGGCUCUCCUGCUUUCCUGAGCGUCUGUGUUAGUGUCCCCUCCCCCACCCCCCCACGCUCCUGCACACAUCCUCAGGAACAUACGAAGCAGAGGAGGGGCUCAAGCUGCAGUGCUCAGCAUUCUCUCCCCCCAAGCUCUUGGUGGGGACCCAGCACUGUCUGCCCCAGCCCCUCUGGGGGUCCUCCGCUGUAGCCACCCUCAUGGACUUGUGCUGUUCCGGGGUCACCACUCAUCUGCCAACUUCUGUGCCACUAUCUUCCCUCUUCCCUUCCUCCCCAUCCUCCCUCUUUCCCCAAGGACCCCCCCCCCCCCAUUUCUUUCAGCCAAGCCAUUAAUCUGGAGACAGAGAUGAGUUUGCUAUUGAUUCUUUAGCCACUUUUUUUUUUUUUUUUUACUUUAUCAUUGUGACGUUUUGUACUGUGGUUCUUCUCACCCUUUCCUACCUCUAUGUGUUUGUCUCUUUAAAUGUUGAAGCUACCAGAAGCCUGAUGCUAUUCUCUGUCUCAUUUCAGAGGAAGAAAGGGGGGGCCUAGCUGUGGGUGAGGACCUGAGUUGUUAGUUUGGAAAUAGAGCAACUGUGCAUACAA